GGAGCAACGCUUUUUGAUGCAAGCCGUGGUUAAACCUCGAAGAAGAAGCGCCUGGCGACAUGACGUCAAAAGACCGCGCCGCGUUCCCGCAUCUGUUGUGAUUCGCCUGAAGAAAGACACAGAAAUAUUCCCAGUGAAGUGACUAAGGAGCACUUGACGCUCUAUUAUAAAGAUGGCGUUUAUUAAAGAGGAGAGUGAAGACCUGCAGAUCGAAGAAGCAUUCAGUGUCAAACAAGAAGAGGAACAGACAGACCUGAUGGCACUGAAAGUAGAGAAUGAAGAACUGAAAGAAAUAGAAGAGGAGAGUAAAUGUGAGAGACAUGUUUUCGCGGCUGUAGAAAAAUCCACAUCGACUGAAACAAAUUUGUCUCCAAACUCUGAAUCUAAAAGUUGUCAUCAAUGUGGAAAGAGUUUCAAAUUUAAAGCAAACCUUAAGGAGCACUUAAAAAUUCACACUGGAGAGAGGCCUUUCACAUGCCAACAGUGUGGAAAGAGUUUCACUAAAAAAGGAAACCUUAAAGAGCACACAAAGAUUCACACUGGAGAGAAGCUUUUCACAUGCCAACAGUGUGGAAAGAGUUUUGUUAAAAAAGGAAAUCUUAAAGAUCACCUGUACAUUCACACUGUAGUAAAGCCAUUCACAUGUGACAAGUGUGGAAUGGGUUUCAAAUUUAAAGAAAGCCUUAAUAACCACUUGCGAAAAAUACAUUCAAGAGAGAAUUGUUUUAUGUGUAAUCAGUGUGGAGAGAGUUUCAAUAGUAAAGUAAACCUCUACAGUCAUAUAAAACUUCACACUAAAGAGAAGCGGUUUAUCUGCCCACUGUGUGGUGAUACUUUCUUACAAAAUGGAAAUCUGAAAUCACACUUGAGAGUUCACUCUCAAGAGAAGACUUUCCCAUCAGUGUGGAAAUCAUUUCAGACAGAAAACAACCCUUGAUUCACACAUGAAAAGACAGAUCUGAUGGUAAUAAAAGAUAAUAAAUAGCUGGAAGAAACGGAAGAGAAAGAUCGAUAUUAGAGACAUGAUUUCAUAGCUGCAAAAAAGUCCAUACAGAUGAAACGAACAAGACCAAAUCUAACAGAUACUUCACCUACCAUCAAUGUGGACAGUUUCAAUCAAAAACAACCUUAAAAUCCACGAGAUUUCACACUGGAAAGAAGCCUUUCACAUAUCUUCAGUGUGAGAAGAGUUUCACAAAUAAAGACAAAGAAAAGAAACUUCAUUUUCAAACACAUUGUGGAAAGAAAUUGCAGUGCUCUGAGAGUGGAAAGAUGAGCAGUUAAAAAAAUAAAGCAUCCAUGCAUUCACUGUGGAGGAAG